AUGCUAAUUUUAUUUAGUGUCGAUAAGGAUCUACAGGAAUUAAAAAGUGCUUUGGCCAAGAAGGAAAAAAAAAAGGCUCAAGCCAGUCCCGCAGAUCCUGACGUUUCAACAGAAAAGAAUAAAGUUGACGACCAGGUAGAUAGUUCAGUCAACCGCAAUGCAAAUGCAGUUAAUGCAGAUGCUGAUAAGAGUCAGAUUGCAAAAAAAGGAGAGUUCAGUCCUUCGUAUGAGAAUGACAAUAUAAACAACGGAAAAGAACCUAAAAUACCCAGUUUUCUAACUGAAGCUUUGCCACCACCCUUGGUUAUAGGUUCACAAGGGACUGUCUACAGUGAUAAGAAAGCAGAAAAUACGAAGUCUCUGGAAGCUCUUUUGAAACAGCCUAAUCUCACCAGCGUAAGCGUGCAAAGUACCGUUGAAAGAGAGAACGAUGAUGAUCGUCAGCUAGAAGAGUCUGAUAAAAUUAUGGAAGAAAAAAGACAGAAACUCCUUAAUGAAAUAGCUUCUGACGUGAUUGUGGAAACUUUGCCACCUUUAAACGUCGUAGGUAAUACCAAGCAUACCUCACCAAACACACAUGAAAAUUUGUUGAAGAAAGGGGAGAAAAUUGAGAAUCCGGGGUGA